GUGCUCCAGCGGCACGGCCCGGCCCGCGCUGCCGCCCUUCCCGCACUCCUCCCGCCGGCCGGGAGACACCUGCCCCGGGCACGGCCGGGCCCCCGCCGCCGCUCCCCACCAGCGCCUCGCCGGGUCGGCCGCUGUGCGCGACAGAGGCUGCCCGGCCAAGCCCGUCUCCUCUCCUGCGGACAAGGAGGAGUAGGUUAAGAAUAUGAGUCUCUACAAUCUGGACCGGUUUCGCUUUGAGAAGAGGAGAGGCGCGGAGCGGGAGUCGCUGUCCCCUUCGGCAGCCCCAGGGGCGGCAGCUGAUGCUGCCGUGGCGGGCGGUGCCGCUGGAGGGGAGGAGGAUGAAGCUACAGAUGACAGCAACAGGCCAGAUACCCCGGCUUCGGAUGUGACAGAGAUAACCGAGUAUCCCACCAUCCCAGAAACUCCCGAAGCUCAGAGGACAAAGAAGCAAUUCUAUUUCAAGCAUCAGCGAGGGGUGCAGUUCCUAGACACGUCUUCAGAUAGUGAAGAUGAAGAACCAAGAAACUUCAGUGCUGCAAAAGAAAACAAGGCUCUGAGGAGAGACGUGGCCGUAAUCUCUGAUCAGUCUGAUGAUGAUGAAGAGUCUGAAGAUGAACUGCCUAAGAUGGCAUUUGUAAAUGGUGGAGAUCAGCAGCCAGCUAUGAAGAAGGAUGUAGAGGAAGACAUCAGAGACUCGAAGCUGCAAACAUUGAAGGAACUUUUUCCCCAAAGAAGUGACCAAGAAUUACUAAAAUUGAUAGACUCGUCAAGCACAAUGGAAGAAGCAGUAGCUGCUGGUUUGAAGCUCAAUGACAAAGCUGCCUCUGGUAAAAGGAAAGUAAGAGAUUCUCCCACAAAUUACAAAACCAGGAAGGAGCAAGUUGCAAAGAAGUCCAAAGCUAGUUAUCUUGAUGACUCAGAACCCCAAAGACAAUGGGAGAGGCAAGAGAUGCUUGUGAAGAGGCUUCAAAAGAUAUUCCCUGGAUUGGAUAAGGAGGAAAUAAGAGAAGUACUUGAGGAACAUAACUGGGUGUAUGAUGAAGCACUGGAGGCCCUGACAAUAUUUGCAGAUGAUGAGGAAAUGGGAUUUUCUCCCAGAAGAAAAACUUCUAACUUGACCAAAGCCUCCACCAAGAGCACAAGUGAUGAGAGCAAAGAGAAGACAAAGCAGAAACCUGAGAAAGAGCAGAAUGGCUUUCAGAAAAAGGCCAAAACCAAAAGGAGCAUUUGGAAUAUUACAAGAGAAACACAAGGCUCAGAGGACGAGUCAGCUUCCGAAGACGGUGGUAGCUCCCUCGACGAGGACUAUGGUGGUGCUGAUGAAGUGAUGGAAGAUGGCUACAAAGUGAAAAUCCUCAGCUUCCUGCAGGAUGCUUCCCCGGGUGAACUGACUUUGAUCCCCCAGUGUUCUCAGAAAAAGGCUCAGAAGAUAAUCGCGCUCCGGCCCUUUAACACCUGGGAGGCUCUGUUUACAAAAAUGACUACAACUGCUGGUUUGUCAGAAGAUAUAGUGUGGAACUGCAAGAUACUGCUGAAGGAGAGGGACGUGGUUUUAAAGCUCAUGAAUAAAUGUGAAGAUAUUUCAAAUAAACUGACAAAGCAAGUAACCAGGAUUACUGGAGAUGGAGGAUGUGGAUGGAACAUAGAGCAACCCUCCAUUCUGAAUCGGAGUUUGAAACUGAAGCCGUAUCAGAAGAUUGGUUUGAACUGGUUAGCACUGCUGUAUAAACACAGAUUGAAUGGCAUAUUGGCUGAUGAAAUGGGCUUGGGAAAAACAAUUCAAGCUAUUGCAUUUCUAGCUUAUCUCUACCAAGAGGGCAAUAGAGGUCCCCAUUUGAUAGUUGUGCCAGCUUCAACAUUAGAUAACUGGAUAAGAGAAGUUCAUCUGUGGUGUCCUGAGCUGAAUGUCCUUUUUUACUAUGGAUCUCUAGAAGAUAGGAAACAUCUCAGGCUGGACAUUAUUAAUAAAGUCAUUGAUUUCAAUGUGAUCGUAACUACAUACAACUCUGCAAUUAGUAGCUCAGAAGAUCGAGGACUGUUCCGCAAGUUGAAGCUUAACUAUGCCAUUUUUGAUGAAGGUCAUAUGCUCAAGAACAUGAGCUCUGUACGCUACCAGCACCUUAUGACAAUCAACGCCAAGAAUCGCUUGCUGCUAACAGGGACUCCAGUUCAAAAUAAUCUGUUGGAAUUGAUGUCCCUCUUGAAUUUUGUCAUGCCACAUAUGUUCAGCAGUAGCACGAGUGAAAUUCGAAGGAUGUUCUCUUCAAAAACAAAGAGUGCUGAAGAACAAAGCAUAUAUGAAAAGGAGAGAAUUGCACAUGCAAAGCAGAUAAUAAAACCAUUCAUCUUGAGAAGAGUAAAAGAUGAGGUCCUUAAACAACUACCUCCCAAGAAAGAUCUCAUUGAAUUAUGUGCCAUGUCUGAGAAACAGGAACAGCUCUAUUUUGAUCUCUUAAACAAGCUCAAGAAAACUAUUAAAAGUAAUGAGAAAAACUCUGAUAUGGGAAAUGCAAUGAUGCAACUUAGAAAAAUGGCUAAUCACCCUCUCUUGCAUCGUCAGUAUUACACGAAUGACAGGCUCAGGACCAUGUCCAUGCUUAUGCUCAAGGAACCCACACAUUGUGAUGCUAACCCUGACCUUAUCUUUGAAGAUAUGACAGUAAUGACAGAUUUUGAGCUGCAUUUGCUUUGUAAACAAUAUUCUCACAUCAGUGAAUUCAAGUUAGACAUGGAUCAGAUCUUGGAUUCUGGGAAGUUUAGAGCACUGGAACACAUUCUCUCUGACCGUAAAGAAAAGGGUGAUCGAGUUGUGUUGUUCAGCCAGUUUACUAUGAUGUUGGAUAUCUUGGAAGUUUUCCUAAAACACAGACAACAUAGAUAUAUCAGACUGGAUGGAAAAACACAGAUACCUGAUCGGAUACAUCUAAUAGAUCAGUUCAAUACAGAUAUGGGAAUAUUUGUAUUCCUUCUGUCAACCAAAGCUGGUGGCUUGGGAAUUAAUCUGACCUCAGCAAAUGUCGUUAUUCUUCAUGACAUUGAUUGCAACCCGUACAACGAUAAGCAAGCAGAAGACCGAUGCCACAGAGUAGGUCAGACAAGAGAAGUAAAAGUCAUAAAGCUAAUCAGUAAGGGGACUAUUGAAGAAUCCAUGCUCAAAGUCAGCCAGCAGAAAUUGAAGUUAGAACAGGAUAUGACCGCAGCGGAUGCAGGAGAAGAAGGAACCAUUCCAGCAGAUAUAGCCACACUAUUAAAAGCUUCGUUGGGUCUCUAAAAUGUAAAUAUGUUGUGAAAUUCAAGGAAAGGUGAUGAUGUACCCCAAGGACUCUUACAUUACUGAUGACCAGGAGUUUUAUGAACAUUUAUAACUUUUUAUAGUUUCUUUAUUGUAUUCCUCAUGAUGUUGAAACUUUUUAACACCGAUAGCAUUCUUAGGAUGCUUUAAAACAUAAAUGGCCCAAAUGUGCCAACAAGAGAUGCUGAAUAAACAUUAUUUUACAGAUCACUUUUCAAAAUGGGGACCUAAAUAGUAAUUGUUUUAACCAAUCUACUACUGCUUAAGAUUUGUCAGUAUUUUUGUAAUUAUUUCUACCUCCAAAUAUAAAUAUAUAUAUAUAUAUAUAAACUGUCUGUUUCACUGGAUUCUGAGUGUAGAUUUUUUUAUAUGUGCCUUAUUUGACAAUGCUCGAGUCUGUUUGUUUCUGCUUGUUUGGGUUCAUUUGAUGUACCGUACUGGUUUUGUAUCAACUUGUUCCAAUAAAAUUCUGUAGAUUGACAAAA